AUGACGCUACUUGGCACAUGCUCAUUACCAGGAGCUGCAGUCUAUGGCACUUCAACUACGAGAUUUGGAGGUUCGAAAUUUCAGCAGCUUAAAACUAAUCACAUCUCAUUUGGUCAGAAAGUAUCUGCUAAAGCAACAUUGAGAAUUGUGAAAUGCAACGCUACUCAAACACAAAGCGUCCAAAAGAAAUCUUCAAGUGCUACUAUGCAACGUGAUAAGAAAGGUUAA